AUGCGGCUGCGGGAGCUGUGCCUGCUGCUCCUCUACGCCGCCGGCGCCGGCACCGACGCCCCGCGGGCGGCCCGGGAGCGGCCGGCAGCAGCCGGGGGGCCCGGGGCGGCCGGCGUGGAUCCCCGGCAGGCAUGGAUGCUGCUGGCCGGGAGCCCCGGGAGGGGGAGCGGCGAUCGGGGCCGCGGAGGGAGCGGGGCUCACACGGCCCCGGCGGGCGCCGGCGCCCCGGGAAAAACGAGCCCGGGUGCCGCGCAGGGCUGCGGGCCAGGGGCUGCCCCGGCCUCCCCCGCCGUGCCGGAGGAGCUGCUGAGAGAGCUGCAGCUCCUGCUCAGAGGCAUGGCAAAGAUGCGCAGGACACCUGGGGAAGGGUGUAAGGAGGAGGAAAGCAGCAAAGCCAAGCCCCAGGCCGGGGCCCAGCGUCGUGUGGAAGCAGCCUUCCAUUGCCAAACGCGUGAAGACAUUCCCGUGGAGCAGAAGAUGUGGCAGGAGCUGGGCUUGUUCUACAUCCCUGACAGGGAGGGGACGUUCCACCGCGGCCCAGGGCUGAACCUGACCAGCGGGCAGUACACGGCGCCCAUCGCAGGCUACUACGCCUUCACCGCCACGCUGCACAUCGUGCGCAGGGAGCCGCGCAGAAAGGGGCAGGGAUGCCGAGGGAGCCGCCUGCGGGUGCUGAUCUGCGUGCAGUCCCGCUGCCAGCACAACAGCAAUUUGGAGACCGUAGCCCGGCUGGAGAGCAGCGGUGACCUCUUCACCAUCUCUGUCACGGGCAUCCUGUACCUGCAGUGCCGUUCUGCUGGGAGUGUGAAGAGGCACCACGCUGAAGCUGUGCCAGGAGCAGCCAGAGCCUUCCCUCUGGCAGCCACCAUCGUGUCUCCCCUGCUCAGCACCAAGCCUAAGGAAGAGAAUUUGCUCAUGCAGAAAACUGCAGUCUGCUCUGAUACUGCUCGUGCUGCAGAACCGGCUGAAGAUGCACAAAAGAUGAUGAUGAUGAUAAUAAUAAUAAAGCAGCCUGACCAGGACUUAAAGGCAUUCACUUUUAUCUAA